CAAGGAUUUGGGUCUCUCUGCUUUCUCUUCCACGUUGCCGGCUUCAUUUCCGAGAUGCAAGAGAUCGGUCUCCAAGAAAAUCUGCUCCGUCAUGGCGCCACAGCAAUCGGAGCGGAAGCCAGCCACUACUGGCUCGGUCAAGACAGGAAUGACAAUGACGGAGAAGAUAUUGGCUAGGGCUUCUGAGGAACCCGAAUUGAGCCCAGGUGACAAUGUUUGGGUUAACAUUGAUGUUUUGAUGACCCAUGACGUGUGUGGCCCUGGUUCAUUUGGAAUCUUCAAGAAAGAGUUUGGAUAGAAUGCAAAGGUUUGGGACAGAGAAAAGAUUGUAAUCAUACCUGACCAUUAUAUAUUUACUACUGAUGAGCAUGCAAACCGUAAUAUGGAUAUCUUGAGGGAUUUCUGCACGGAGCAGAACAUCAAGUACUUCUAUGAUAUCAAGGAUCUUGGUAAGUUUAAGGCUAACCCAGAUUACAAGGGUGUAUGCCAUGUUGCUCUUGCUCAAGAAGGUCAUUGCAGGCCUGGAGAGGUGCUGCUAGGUACAGAUUCUCACACCUGCACCGCUGGAGCUUUUGGACAAUUUGCUACUGGAAUCGGGAAUACUGAUGCAAGUUUCGUAUUGGGCACUGGGAAGCUUUUGCUCAAGCCUACCACAGAAAAUGGCACGCUGAAUUUCUGGUAUUGCUGCUUGUCCCAAUCGAACUGCAAUAUCGGUUAA